CUUCCAUACAGGAUUUAUACAUGCAGAUGGUCAUGUCUCAAGCUUGCUGGAUUGGAGGCCUGACCAGAGCAUGUCUGGUCAUCCUGCUUUUGUGGGGCCCUUACUAUGCCACCGCCGACUCAGAUGAAGAAAUGGAAAGCGAGUGGACAAUGUGGAAACAGCAGAAUGGUGUGUCAUAUGAUGAAGAGAUGGAUGACUUUGAAAGAAAGGGGAUUUGGGAGAGCCACUUGAGGUACAUCAAAGACAACAAUAUGAACGUCCUCCAAGGGAGCAGAGGGUUCACCAUGGCCAUGAACAAAUAUGGAGACCUGACCCAUCAAGAGUACAAACGUCUGCUGGGGGCCAAAAUUAACAUACAGAAUGCGAAAAGAGGGAAGGAUGUGUCUCCGCGUAAACUCAGAGCUGGGGCCAAGCGUUUGGGGCUGGCCACCGUGGAUUACAGAACUAUGGGUUACGUCACUGAAGUCAAGGACCAGGGCUUUUGUGGCUCUUGCUGGGCGUUCAGCACUACGGGGGCCAUUGAGGGACAGGUGUUUAAGAACACUGGCAAGCUGGUGUCCCUGAGCGAGCAAAACCUGGUGGACUGCUCCAAGUCUUUUGGGACACAUGGCUGCAGUGGUGCCUGGAUGGCCAACGCCUAUGAUUAUGUGGUGAAAAAUGGUCUGCAAUCAGCUGACAUGUACCCUUAUACAUCAGUGGAUACCCAGCCUUGUUUCUAUGACAACGCCAUGGCAGUGGCCAAGAUCACUGAUUACAGGUUCAUACCAGCUGGAGAUGAACAGGCCUUGGCUGAUGCUGUGGCAACUGUUGGGCCGAUCACAGUUGCUAUUGAUGCUGACCACACCAGUUUCCUGUUUUACAGCUCAGGGAUCUAUGAGGAGCCUCUCUGCAGCCCUCAGGGCCUUAGCCAUGCAGUGGUGCUGGUGGGCUAUGGCUCAGAGGGAGGAAAGGACUACUGGAUCAUCAAAAACAGCUGGGGCUCAGGGUGGGGAGAGGGAGGAUACAUGCGGCUUAUCCGAAAUGGAAAUAACACCUGUGGAAUUGCCAGCUACGCCCUCUAUCCAGUCAUGUAAACAGCGAUUAAUCAAAAAGUCAACACAUUUAUUUGUGAUUAAUAAUAAAAAAAAUGGCAAUUUUUUUUUUCCUUAAGCAAAAAGGCAAUUACUGUAGCAUGUGUCUUUGUUUUGUCAUUGUAGUUGUCUUAGUAGUAUGAUGUUUACUGAGGGCAAACCAUGACUCAGUGACACAGUAAGCAGACAUCUGUGUCUAUAAGCUGACUCAACAAGAAGAGCCAGUUUAUGAUGAGAUGCACUAUUUUCCCUUUUUGCCAUUUCUUUCUCCAGAACAGUCUUUGUGUAUGGUAGGGUUUGUAAUGCAAUGCUACUUGUUUUCUUUUGUGUGCAUUUGCAUGGUUGUUUGUGUUUACAUUACACUGUCUGUAUCAGAGCACGGUUUUAUUAUUGUUGUUAUUCAAGCCCAAUUGUUUUCAUACGUGCAUAUCUUUCUCCAGAACAGUCUUUGUGUAUGGUAGGGUUUGUAAUGCUGUCAGAUACCGUCUGAGAGACUGUGUUGGCCUCGCCAAAUUUUUUAUGUUUUGUAAUCAGCAUAUCUGUUCAUGUUUAUGUGAGUGCAUCAUUGUAAAUGCACUGUAAAACACACAUUUUGGUGCUCAGAUCAUGGUGCUCUUAAUGCUUCAAAAGGAUACAUUUUACAAAUGUUAUUGUCUUUAUUAACUUCCGAGGUUCAGUAAAUGUUAAACCAAUGAGAGACUGCUUGAAAAAUAAAUAGAAUAACAUUCUAACAAUCAUGUAAAAAAAAGCCCAUACACACACCAUAAACCGUGUUUAUUCAUUGAAUAACUGUAUUACAGCUGAUGUCUGCUCUGA